CCGGGUCGGCGGAUGAAGCCGCCAACAUGGAGCGCUGGGGGUUUGAGGGGCCUCAGGGAGGCCGGUGAAGGGGUAGUCCGGAGGACCCUUUUCCUGCUUGGUUUGAGGCCGGGAGAAGGGGGGGGGGCGCGCAUGCGCACAGAAUUUCUGGCGACAGCCGCUGGAGGAAGCUGUUCGCAGUUCUCAGCCCAUCGAGGCGCCUCGUGUCCCCUGGAUCCCCAACAGGGUUGCCUCUGCCCCUCUUCACCCGUCCCAAGCAGGCGGCGCAGGAGCAGUCAUGUCCUUGGGCGAGUACGAGAGGCACUGCGACUCCAUCAACUCCGACUUCGGGAAUGACUCGUCCAGCAGAAGCGGCCCCCGGCCUGCGCCUCCAGUCUUGGGCGGCGAACAGGAGGAGUUGCAUUAUGUUCCCAUCCGCAUUCUGGGUCGGGGGGCCUUCGGGGAGGCCACUCUGUAUCGCCGGACUGAGGAUGACUCCCUUGUAGUGUGGAAGGAAGUGGAUCUGACCAGGCUCUCAGAAAAAGAGCGGCGUGAUGCUUUGAAUGAGAUUGUUAUUCUUGCUCUGCUGCAGCAUGACAACAUCAUUGCGUAUUACAAUCAUUUCAUGGAUAAUACCACGCUGCUGAUUGAACUGGAAUACUGUAAUGGGGGAAACCUCUAUGAUAAGAUCUUGCGGCAGAAGGACAAGUUGUUUGAGGAAGAGAUGGUGGUGUGGUACGUAUUUCAAAUUGUAUCAGCGGUAAGCUGCAUCCACAGAGAAGGAAUACUUCACAGAGAUAUAAAGACAUUGAAUAUCUUCCUCACUAAAGCAAACCUCAUAAAAUUGGGUGAUUAUGGCCUGGCGAAAAAGUUGAACUCUGAGUAUUCCAUGGCUGAGACAUUGGUAGGAACCCCAUACUACAUGUCUCCUGAGCUCUGCCAGGGUGUAAAAUACAACUUCAAAUCUGACAUCUGGGCAGUUGGCUGUGUCGCUUUUGAGCUUCUCACACUGAAGAGAACUUUUGAUGCUACAAAUCCAUUGAACCUCUGUGUGAAGAUUGUGCAAGGCAACCGAGCCAUGGAGGUUGAUUCCAGUGUGUAUUCUCUGGAUCUCAUUCAGAUGGUGCACUCCUGCCUUGAUCAGGAUCCUGAGAAGAGGCCUACUGCGGAUGAGCUCCUUGAUUGUCCCCUUCUCAGCCAACGCAGGAGGGAAAUGGAGGAGAAAGUUGCACUGCUUAAUGGCCCAAACAAGCGACCAAGAUCAAGCACUAUGAAUGAGGCUCCCAUUGCAGUGGUGACUUCACGCACUAGUGAAGUGUAUGUAUGGGGCGGUGGAAAGUCCACUCCUCAAAAGCUAGAUGUCAUCAAGGGUGGUUGCAGUGCACGACAGGUCUGCGCAGGAAACACUCACUUUGCAGUGGUGACAGUGGAGAAGGAGCUCUAUACGUGGGUGAACAUGCAAGGGGGCACCAAGUUGCAUGGCCAACUGGGGCAUGGAGACAGAGCCUCAUACAGGCAACCGAAGCAUGUGGAAAAACUGCAGGGCAAGGCUAUUCGCCAAGUGUCUUGUGGAGAUGACUUUACUGUGUGCAUCACGGAUGAAGGUCAGGUCUUUGCCUUUGGCUCAGACUACUAUGGCUGUAUAGGUGUUGACAAGGCUUUUGGCUCUGAGGUUCUAGAACCUGAGCAGCUGAACUUCUUUCUCAACAAUUCUGUGGAGCAGGUAUCUUGUGGAGAUAACCAUGUGGCUGUGCUGACCCGAAACCGAGAGGUCUACACAUGGGGCUGUGGAGAAUAUGGACGCCUAGGGCUGGAUUCAGAAGAUGAUUAUUCCCUCCCACAGAAGGUGGAAAUUCAGAAGACCUCCAAUAUUGUCUCAGUCCAGUGUGGCAGUGAUGGAACUUUUCUGCUCACACAGGCUGGCAAGGUCUUAGCUUGUGGUCUGAAUGAAUUCAACAAGCUGGGUCUGAACCAGUGUACUUCAGGGAUCAUUAAUCAUGAUGUAAGCAGCAUUUCUGGGAUAACACUAAAAAUGAGAGAGAUGCCCACCACCUUCAGUUUGGCCAGGAAGCUCUCUUUCUACAAGAUUCGCACCAUUGCCCCAGGAAAGACACACACAGCUGCUAUAGAUGAACGGGGCCGUCUGCUUACUUUUGGUUCCAACAAGUGUGGGCAGCUGGGUGUCGGAGACUAUAAGAAACGUGUGGGCAUUAAUCUGCUUGGAGGACCCCUCGGGGGAAAGCAGGUUAUCAGGGUUUCCUGCGGUGAUGAGUUCACUAUAGCUGCUACUGAUGAUAACCAUAUCUUUGCCUGGGGGAAUGGUGGCAAUGGUCGCUUAGCAAUGACACCAACAGAGAGAGCUCAUAGUUCUGAUAUUUGCACGUCAUGGCCUCGGCCCAUUUUUGGCUCCCUGCAUUAUGUUCCCGAUCUGUCUUGCCGUGGCUGGCACACUAUCAUAAUUGUCGAAAAAGUGAUAAAUUCUAAAACCAUCCUUCGUUCAAGUAGCAGUGGCCUAUCCAUUGGGACUGUGGCUCAGAGUUCGACAGCUGAAGGAGGAGAAGAUGAGGAAAGUGAGCGGGAAUCUGAGACCCCUGAUCCCAGCAGAGGUUUCAGAGGAACCAUGGAAGCAGACCGCGGAAUGGGGGAUCGUGUCAGUUCGACAGAAGACAUCGGAGAUAGCAGUGCUGCUGCCAGCAGCUCUUGCCCUAGCUGGCUGCGCAAGGAGCUGGAGAAUGCAGAGUUCAUCCCCAUGCCUGAAACACCUUCUCUUGUAAGUCUAGCCUCCUCAGGAUCUGAGAAGGAGACUCUUCCCUACGAAGAGUUGAAGGGACUCCACUUGGCAUCUCCUCCUCCUGUUGAUACCAACAAGUCCACAACAGAGUCCUGGCAGCACCUCUUUGAUACAGCAGAAGCUUGCAGUGCAGAGAAGACAUCUGUGGUGCCGACAGCAUGCAAGUGCAGUUUGCUGCAGGCUGAACUAGAACGACUGAAUGGUUUGGUAUUAAAAUGCUUGGCUGACCAGAAGAAGCUGCAGCAGGAAACGGCUCGUCUCAGUGCUCAGCUUCAGAGUCUUUCUAGGACGGAAGGAACACAGCCGUUGGAGGCUCAUACCAAAGCCACACAAACAUCUAAGGAAGAGAUGGAAGCGGAUCCAAAGCCUGACUUGGAUUCUGACUCCUGGUGUCUCCUGGGACCUGAUUCAUGCCGCUUCAGUCUCUAGUCUUUUGAGUCCACUGGAAUCCAUCCAAUUUCACAGCACGCUAACUGAAUGCAAGAGCAGCUCUCCUGAAUCCAGGUCUUUUGUGAAAAAGGAGAUUAGAUUCUCCAGAACAACAUCCCUGUAUGCGUGUGUGUGUGUGUGGAGGACCCUCUUAAGCUAUGAGCAUAGAGAGUGGCAGAGCUCCAAGCUCUAGCCAGGGGCAUACUCCAAUAUCAGAACAGCAGCAAGCUCUCGUUAUAUCAGCCUGUCCUUAAAGUCAAGUAGCCACACCACAGGAAUUACUCUAAUUGCUGUAAUCUCUUCAUUCUUUCACAACUUCCCGAGGGCAAUAUUUGAGCCCCCAACAUUAGUCACUUCAUCUUCAGGCAAGUAAAAGGAGAAAACUAUGUAUCAAAAUUGACUGGGCCCCAAUAUCGCAGUCAGGUUGAAAAUGUCCUGAAAGGUUAAGGGGCAGGACCCCUGCCUCUGUGGGAAGCCAGGAAAAGAGCUUGCUCUGAAUGUAGAUGAGAGCUUGCAAAACAGAGAAAUGGUAGCACUUACGUCUUUCACUUCAGAUGCAUUUCUAGCCCUAUAUCCUCCAGUCUGUACAGAACGUGUUUAAAGCUUUAACUUAAAGGGAUGUUUGGGAGAGGAUCUCAGGCACCCAUUUUUAGCACUUCCUGCUAAGCAGAAACAAACAAACAAACAAAAAACUAGCUGAAGCUUCCUGUUAUCCAAGAAGAGUUCUCAACAGCUGUUUUCAAGCCAGAGAAGGAAUGUGUAGAAUUUGAAUUUAGACAGUUAUUUGUUCCAUCUGUUCAGCUUGAUUUGAAUACCAGAACUUCUCUGGUUGUGUGCCUGGUUUCUUAGAAGAGCUGUUGAACGUCUCUUACUCUACCCCCUACCCCAAUUUUUGCUUCCUGUCCAGUAUCUGAGCCCAGAAGGCAGCUGUGCAGGCUUUAACAAUGCACUGUGAACAUACUACUGGCAGUGCUUGGCCAUAUGUCACUUCAAAGCCUUUUGUAUACUAUCAGUAACAAACUGUUUAUGAAGUAACUUUGAUUGCAGGAUAGUCCAUUUUCCCAUUAACUAUUGAAAGUGAUACUUUUGCUAAUUAGUUUGCCCAAUUGAUUAAAAUAUGGAGUAGACAUAUCUCCUGGUGGGCACAUCUGUGUUCCUCUCCACAGUUCCUGACAGUCUAACCUAACUCUCUAGAAUAGUCUCUGUACCUUCCUUGUAUUCCUUACUUUUGAUCUAUCAAGAUGGGUAGCUGUGUUAGUCUCUCUCUAGCAGUAGAAAAGAGCAAAAGUCCAG